AUGGGCAGUUCAACAAUACACUGUUUUAAAAAGGACAUUUUCCAUCUCCUGGUCGUAGCAACAGUGGCCAGUGCAGAGCCCGCAGGACAAAUCUGGGCAUGCAGCCCUCUCUGGUGGGGAGAAGUGAGGGUGGGGCGAACAUUCCUGUGUACCAGGCAGCCUUUUCCCAAGUUCACGUGUCCAGCGGGAUGGACUGCCAGUCUCUCCUUGCAGCCUCAGUUCAAGAGUGUGGUAAGACAGGCAUUUAGAAAGUUUCUUCUUCUUGUUGACCAAGUAUUGGUUGAAAAGAAUAUUGUGGAAACUGUAACCAAAGGAGGCAUUAUGCUUCCAGAAAAAUCUCAGGGAAAAGUAUUGCAAGCAACAAUAAUAGCUGUUGACUUGGGCUCCAAAGGAAGGGGUGGGGAGAUUCAACCAGUUAGAGUGGAAGUCGGAGAUAAAGUUCUUCCAGAAUAUGGAGGCAUCCAAGUAGUUCUAGACGACAAGGGUUAUGUCUUACUUAGAGAUGGUAACAUUCUUGGAAAGUAUGUGGACUGAAAUAAAUCAAUGUCAAUGUCAUCACAUGAAGCUGCCCAUUCCACUAAAGUUCUGAAAUCAUUCAUGUAAAUUAUUUCCAUGUCUCUUUUAUAAUAAACUAGUGAUAUCCAAAAAGAAGAAGAUUUUUGGCCGGAUUUCACCAAUUAAAUAUGCUUAGCUUAUGGUGGGAGGAUACCACAGUUUUUAAAAAUUCCAAUUUUUUAUGGCAUAUUAGGAAAGACACUUUUUUUUCAAUGGGAAGAAAACCAGUUGAUAGAAUGUCAUAAUCUU